CAAGAUUUGCAUAAACUUUCCAGACAACACACUUCUUUUGAAAGGUCGCAGAAAUUCUCGGACGGAUUUAGCAAACACGGAGGAGAUCAAUGGCUAAAAUGUUACUGUAAUAAAACGCUAUGAUUUUCCGCGAGGAUUUAAUUUCGGUGUUGUCACACGCGCGUUGUAAUGGCGGAUCAUUUAGAACUUGUGGGUGAAAUUCCGAAGGUCGAGAAACUUUCCGUGCAAGAUCGCCUAGAGCUCGCAAAGAAGCGACGAUCCCAACAACUGAGACGAUGGGAAAGAGAGAAAGAUGAAGAAUUUGGUCCGCCACCGCCUAAAAAGAGACCUCAACGAGCAAAACCAGUGAAAUUCGAACCUAGAAUUAUUCUGUUGGAAGCCGCUUCACGAGGUGAUUGCGAUGAAGGUUGGUACAGUCUAGCUUUUGCACCGUGAAGUUUUGUUUGUCGAUGGUAGUUAUGUCUUCAGACUCUCCAUAUAUAUUGGGAUUUUUAGAUUAUUGAUGUUUCUCAUCCAGUGAAAAAGAUGCUUGAUUAUGGAGUUGACCCAAACUUGGCAAAUGACGACGGACUUACUGCUUUACAUCAAGUAAGUGUUUAUAAGGUUCCAUGCACGAUCUAUCGUUAUAAAUAUGCAGCUCUAAUACCGAGAAAAUCUUGUUUAGAAGCUUUGGAACUUGAUUGGGUGCAACAUUUGACAACUAAUCUCCAAACUGGGUCUGUGUUUAUUUUUGUUCACUAUCAGAAAAUUGGUGUUUGUUUUACAAUUGAGCUAAAUCAUGUUGGAACAUAACAUUCAGUUGAAAUUAAUUUUCCCUGUCGAUAUUGAUAACUUAGAGUUUUUCUGUUGUCUUUUGUAUAUUAUCUUGACUUGAAAUCUAGAGUACACUUUUUUUUUCUUGAAAUGUACAAGUGAAUUAAUGAAUUUACCUGGACGUUUUUGGUAAAUAUGACGCACGAGCGAGAUGGCAUGAAAUUGAUUCACCUAAGCGAAGCAAAAAGCAAUUUUAUUCCUCUUAAAACAUGAUAAAAUCAUUCUUAGUCGGGGUUUCCGGUCGGUGGCUCGUGGGAUUAACGUAAUUUUAAUUUCUAAUUACAUUGCGACGACUUUUAAAAGUAUUAUUCAGAUUAAAUUUGGAUAUUUGGCUGAUUGACGUAAAAAGUAACCGCGACAAAUUACUGAGUCAUGGCUUUUUCGUUAAUUUUUUUCUCUCAGCUUACAAUAUUAUUGAAUUCUAGAGUCAAACCACUAUUUUGUUGGAAAUAUCAAAUCAUUUUUGCUUAGUGGUGCUUUUUUCCGUUACAUAAAACGUUUCGCAUAGAUUUCUAAUCAUGAAGCUAGUUCAUGUGUUCAUUCGCAGCUGGAAUUUCAUCGGUUAAUUUGUUUGCUUAGUAGGCCGGUCUGGAGAUGUUUACAUAAGAAAAUGUAAUUUUACAAAGUUCUUCUUUCAGUGUCGACUAGAUUAGAACUCUUGAUAUUUUUUUGCAAUAAGAAACCCUACGAAAUAUGACCUUUAAUUCAGGGUUUCUUGAAUUGGCUUUUUUUAUUUCAAAUUUUUCUUGCAUUGCUGAAAGAAAUUCGCCUUAAUUAUAAUUGGUUCAAACGGCUUGGUGAUAUCUCAACAAUUUUACGUUUGUACUUAGACAGAUGUGAUAAUAACCCAUCAAAAGCACGAAGUAAAUGAAAUAUGUGCACCUUUAGGUUUUUUGUAUUGUUUUGUGUUCUUAAGUUGGGUGUAGUACUCAAGAAUCAAAGGAAGGUCUAAAAUUGAGGUCAAACCAGAGAUCAGAAAGUGACAGUUUAUGUUUGUUUUGUCAAAAUACUUACUCAACCCUCCAGCUCUUUGGAAAAUAGAAACGAUUUUAACAAAAUUCAAUUGAUGUUUCUUGUUUUGAUUUACAAGUACUUGAUUGAUGGCCCAUUUAUUCAAUAUAGGUUAAAAAAAAUGGGACUUUUCUAAGUAGUUUGAUUUAAAAAACAAAAAGUAGUUGGAAGUCUCAGUGAAAUUAAUCACUGUCUGUAUUGUGAUUGAUUUUUUUUUUUGUAAUUUUGCAAGGCGUGUAUUGAUGAAUGUGAUGAGAUAGCAGAACUUCUUGUGGGUUAUGGUGCCAAUAUUGAUGCAGAGGACCGUGAAUUGUGGACACCUUUGCAUGCUUCAGCUGCAUGUGAAAACUAUUCAAUGGUCCAGUAUUUAGUGGAAAAUGGUGCUGAUGUUGUUGCUAUCAAUGCUGAUGGAAACUUGCCAGUUGAUUUGGUUGAAGAAGAUGAUGACCUGAAGAAUUUCUUACAUGAAGAGAUGAACAAAUAUGGUGAGCCACUUUUUGUAAAUAACUAAACAAAAACAUGAACUGCCCUUUUAGUCAUAUGAUAUUUGAUUGACAAACUACUCAUAGAUUCCAAAAAAAGAUUUCUUUAGAUGACAAACCUUAAAAUAAGAAAAUUUUUGUGCAUAAAGUAGAUGGCAAAAAUGUUCUGACAGCUGGCAAUCUCCCACUGCCUACUGAUAACAAUCCUGAACUUUUCAAAGACUGGGCCUGAACAUAGUUAAGUUUUGAUUGACACCGCACAUGAGUGCAGCCAUGCAUGUCACUUUUGAGGGUGUGUUUUUUUUCUUAGAAAAUAUGUAAGAAAAUAAAAAACAGGUUUGUUUAUAGAAAGAAAACCUGUAAUUGUGACAAAGUCCGCUAAACUUCUAUUGCCAUGGAGGUAUUCCCGAAAAUUUAACAAAUUUAGAGUUAAUAUUUAUAGGACUUUACCACAAGUUCAAUAGCGUGGCUCACUUUAUCAUGAUUUCAGGUUUCAAUGAAGAUAAGAUCAAUGAACUUGCUAUUUUAAGAGAGACACGGAUGCUUGAAGAUAUUAAAGAUGCAGUUGAAAAGAAAAGAGACUUGGAAAUCAAGGAUAUGCAAGGUGCAACAGCGGUAAGUUUUUAACAUUGAAUUCUCGCUGAAAUAACCUGUGUUUCCUGUUUAGAUUAAACUUUAGUUACACAAGUAGGUAAUGUCUUACUCUGUUAAAAAAAUUUUUUCCUUUUUAAAUUAGUUACAAGAAUUUAGUGUUUGAUCAAGAGAACAACAUCCACUUAACUAGCUUGAGUAUUCUCAUUACCUGUUUGCUGGAUAAUGUAUGGAUGUUAUUGGGAGAAGUAAAAGGUUAAUCACUUCUGAGAGUUUAAGAGAACAGCCCUUUUCAGAAUUAGCCCCAGCUGGACAAUUUAACAGAGCAAUUGACUGUGAAUCUGUUUAGCUCAAAUCAUUUACUUUGACAUGACCAUUCUUACUCAUAGUGAUCAUUUUGUAAUCUAUGUUAUAAUAAUUCAGUGUUCUUUCAGUUACAUAUUGCAGCAGCUAAUGCCUAUGAGGAAGUGUUAGAAUUCUUACUUGAGAAUGAUGCAGAUGUAGAUGUUGUGGACAAGGAUGGGUGGAAACCUAUUCAUGCUGCAGCCUGCUGGGGAAAUGUAAAUAUUUUGAUUUCUUCUUGUUAGACACAUUAAUUGAAAGCUUUUUUUUUCUCAUCAGUUAGCAACUAACUCAUGUUUGAGCCCAGGCUCAUCGAGAUUUGAAGCACAUGAGAAGUUGGAGAGCACCAAAGAUGCAUAAAAGUGUGACUGAGACCAAUUCUUUCUUCUAGUGAAUUCUCCCCAAAAUUUCCAAGGUGCUUCAUACAUUGUGUCUUGAUAAGAACACAAUGAAAAUUUGUGGGCAGAUUGAUGACCAUUUACAGGGUUGUUACUAAAUGAUGGUUAGUGGCAAAUUUUCUGAAUGAAAAAGUGGUGAUUGCAGGCUGGUUUUUUGGCUGGUUAGCACCUGGUAAAUUACAACAGGUACUUUGGAGAUUACACACUUACAAUCAUUCUAUAUGGAAUGCUAUCUUUGAGUUUUCUCACUUGAAACUUCAGUUGGCAGCCUAAUUUGUGAGCUACAACCCUGUAGUUGUUAAUGCACAACAGCUGAUAUUGAAUUCCUAUGUUUAUAUUACUUCUAUAGGAAAAAGCAAUUGAACUACUUGUAGAGCAUGGAUCUGAUCUUGAAAGCAGAACACCUUAUGGUGAAGCUCCGUUAGGUUAGCAACAUACUGGUUGUAAUUUUGCUAUUUUUCAUUCUUUAUUUGUGUUCAUGGUCUAAUUUGCAAUCUGCUCUCCAUAGAUUUAUGUGAUGAUGCUGACGUGCGGCAGUUCAUCAUUGAUCUCAAGGGAAAAAUGAAGAUGAACAAGUUUAAAGUGAAGAAUAACAGGAGAAAAAGGAACAACUCAAGAUCGUAAGUGGUAGUACAGGGAAGGGUGUUUCUUCACAUUUUAAAACAGGCAGCAAGAAGCUGAAAGGAUGUUGUGAGCACAGUAUUUUGAUCACAAGUAAUUAUGAAAUAAUUGUGUAUUUCAAAUGAGUUUUUAGGUGGUAAGAAAUGCAUUAAAACACUCUCUUUAAAUGUAAACUGAUUGUAAACUGAUUGUAAACUCUCCUCAUCUGGCUGCUACAUAUUUUCCUUGUACCUUAGUGACAAUAACUUUGUAUUAGAUCAAGGUAAAUAUUCUACCUGAUAAGUUUGAGUAUUCUCAUUACCUGUUUGCUGGAUAAUAUAUGGAUAUUGUAUGGAGAAGUUGCAUGGUUAUCACCUCUGGGAGUUAGGGGUUCAAUAUAUUUUCACAUGAUCAUUUUCUGUUAAAAUUAACAUUGUUAACACUUUCUCUUGUUUUGUAGGUUGUCUGUUAAACGUUCCAGUCUUAAAGAAAAAAUUUCCAUUUCCCAGAGUGAAGCUAAGGCAGAGGCAAUUCUUAGACAACACCCUGAACUGGCUUUCCUCAUCGCGGUAAUGCAGCUUAGUUUAUUAAAAGAAAAAUGAGAACAAAAUUAGAGCAGAGUCAAGGUGAUGAUGGUUUAGGCUGAUUGUGCCACUGUGAACUAUUAGAAACACAGACAGCCUUACAGAUUGAAAUAAUUGGUUGUGUCAACUCAGAUGAUAAAACCAAAUUGUGUUUUAAACACCCUCCUCCAUUGCAGCACAACAGUUUCUUAAGAAGAAACUUACCCCUUUUAGACAGAAUGAAAGUCACAAACCUAUGAACCCUUUAAUAUCUGAGAGUGACUAGUAUAUUAAUUGUUAUUACAGUAUUAUGGUUAAAUGAAAAAUUUAAGUAGUGCAAGUAAAGGGAAUGUCAACUUGAGAAGAACUUGAUUAAUAAACAAAAUCUCCUUGCCAGUCCCAUAGGAAAUGUAUUGAGAACAGUAAGAAGAACAUGCUGUUUGAUGGUAGUGUGUGUGGUGUUAUAGUUCAUGGCAAAAAUUUGGUUCUUUUUUAUCAGAAGGACAAGAAGACAGAUGAUGGACCAAAUCAAUUGGAUCUAAGUGUAGAAGAUCCUACUUUGCCUAAAGAAGAAUCUCCUCCACCUGCAAGACCACAGAUUGAGGAGAAAAGUGCUGUUACUAAUGAGAAAGAGGUCUCUGAAAAUUCUACAGCAAUGAGAUACCAAAGAACUUCAGAAGUCAAGGAGACAAUUGUGACAAAUACUGUCAAUGGGAAAGUUUUAGAACAAGGAAAUAAUGAAAAGAAGAACAAAUCUCUUGUUAGCACAGCAAAUAACAAUGAACAAUUCAACAAGGAAAGAUCUAGAGAACCUCUUCCAAAAGAGAGAGAGGUCAUUGUGCCUAGACAAGGCACUGAUACAACAAACAUUCAAUAUAAGAGCCAAAAUGAUACAAAAGAGCAUGUAUUGCAGGGUAAAACAAACUCUAGGUCCUCAGAGAAAAUAGAGGUUCCAUUACAGAUACCUUCGGGUCGUCGUCAACUUCCUGCAGAUCCAAGAAUACAACAAGCUACGAAAGAUAUAAAGGUGGUUAAUAGUAAUCAUGCUAGUCAAGGAGUUGUGGCGUCUAAGGCAGACAGGACUCCUGUAAAUAUGUCUUCUUCAGAGCUUUGUUCCAACUCCAAUUCAACAGCACAGUCUGUCACAUCAGUGCCUAAGUCUACAAAGACACGAGCUGCGCCUCCAGUGCCAAGAUCUUCGGGAAGUACAGGCAGUAGGAACCAAGUGCCAUUAUCCGACACAUCAGGUUACCCAGAGUCAUUUUCCAAAAGGAAGUCAAGAGAUUCUCGAGAGAUUUCAGAUACUGCUUUGCAACAGUUAGGUAGGUUCAUACAGGUUCCUUGCUUUCUGAAAGUUAAUGCUUAUUUGUAUAAAAAUCGCUUGGCUUACAGCCAAAUAAAUAUGGUAAUUACCAUUCCUGUUUACAAUUUAGUGAUCUCAUGUCUGAUAUGGUUUCUCUUCUAAACUUAACCCUGUAACUCCCAAGAUCUCAUUAGCAAUUGUCCUUACUGUUUGCCAUAUAGUUCCUGUAAUGCUAGUUUGGAAAAUUUGGUUUUGAAUCAACUAAUGAUCCCUUAAUUAAUAUUUUUCUCUAUUCUCAUCACUUGUCUGCUUGAUAUUGUAUUGAUAUUGUAAGGAGAAAUUCUGUCUUGGUCACUCAUGGGAGUAAAAGAGUUAAUAGCAUUCCAGAAUUAUGUGCAGUCUGUUCAGUUUUUCCGAGUUUGAUGGUUAAUCAAAUUGUUCCAAGUCGUAGAGAAUUUUUCACAAGAUGUCAAACAUUUCAUUAAUUUCAACUGUUAAUUGAGACACAUGCAGAUCUAAAAAAUGUACUAAUUAAGAUGGUUUUGUGUCCGUUAUUUUGUUCAGCAAAGGAUAUCAAGGAGUCCAAAGUUAUUUCACCAUCAGAUGUCAAACUAUCUUCUGAUGCUGAGAAUGCCAGUUACACACCCAAACCAGAGACACCCCAACCACAACAGCAGAACAAUACUCCAGCAACACUUAAUGUCUUACCUGAAACAGCUCCUACAAGGAAAAUGUCCGACACAAACAAUGUAACUAAUUACAUUGUAGAAGAACCCAGGCGUAAAUUUAAACAACCUGCAGGUGCUAUAGAAGUGGAAGAUCAUAAAAAGUCCUGUUGUGUUAUCAUUUAACACUCCAAGAUGGCAAUGAAGCACUACAACACCACAAUUACUUGAUUGUGUUCUUGUGACAAUGUCUUGGCUGCCAAUUGAAAGUAGGCGUCAUUGCAGUAUUUGAGGCAGUCAUUAUUGAGAUAGGCCUCACAGCUUGGAGCACUAAGAUGUGAGAUAAAUUUUCAGCAAUUGCCAGGUAGAAAAGGCCUUUUGGUUUUCAGGAAAAAUGGACUACUUUUAAAAAAGACUGGGAAAAGUGCAGGUUCUGUAUAGUUACUUAGUAUACACCACAAUUGUCGAGCAGAAACUCCUUGUUGCAUCCACAAUCAAUCUGCGCACACAAUCUUUUGUAAGUACAACAAAAAAAUAUGCAUGCAUUAAUUAUGUCAAUGAAAACAUCAAACACAUUUAAUAUUAUGGUUGCACACACUGACUUUUGCAAUGGACUUGAUUGCUGCAGCUGCAAUCCUGCUAAGCUACUCUAGAAAAAGUAUGUGUUGAGAUAUUGCUACUCGGUUUAGACAUCUCCAGGCAAACCAUCAAGAAAAGAAGAACUACAAAUUAGCACUGAGUAGCUAUGAAUACAUUAUUCAAGGAGAAUCAUGGAAAAUACUAUGUAAAAUACUAUUUUUGCUAGUUUAUUUCUCUUUCAUAAAUCUUUCCAUUUUGGAGAUGUCAAUUUUUUUUAGGUAAUUGCAAUUAGGUAAUCAAGAUUAGUAGAAUGUCAUGAUUGUACAUCUGAGGACAGGAUUUCAUCAUGAACAUAAAAAAGGCAAAAUGAUUUGGAUGAAAAAUUUAAAUACAAUAAACAAGUGCAUCUUGCAACUCAUGCAGACUUUUAACUUGCCAGAUAGGUGUACUUCACUCGCACAUUUUAAUUUUUUUACAAAACUUCCAGCCUCUUGGGUUGGUUUGUCUUUCGGUUUGUUAUCCAUAUUGGAUUAAUUUCUAUGUUCUUAAGUAUUUUAUUGUUAAUAGUGAAAUAAUUAAUUUAUGAGUCAGAGCACAUAUUGUCUUAUUAAUAUAAGAAAAUCAGGGGUGGAAAAGGUUCACUCAGCUGUAGAAGUUUCCUUAUUUGUCCUUUCCCUUUGAUGUAGACAUUUGUAAACUUUUGUUGAGGAACACCAAAUUUGACUGAAAAGGACAAAAUAUAUUUAAUACUUUUUAUACUGUAACAGUUACCUAUAGGAAACAAACAAAAAUGUUUAACCCUGUCACUCCUAAUAUCUCAUUUGUAAUUCUCCUAACUCUCUGCUAUACAUUCCCUAUCAUUUUAGGAUUGAGAAUUUGGUCAUGGAUCAACUCAUAGUCCCCUUAUUGAUAUUUUUCUAUGUUCUCAUCACUUGUUUGCUUAAUUUUGUAUUGAUGUUGUAAGGAGAAAUUAUUCAUUGGUCAUUCAUGGGAGCUAAAGGGUUAACAUUAGAUGCAGUUUCCUCUCCUUUAUCUUUUUGUGCCAUUUGAGACAUCAUAUUUUCAUAGCAUGUUUUAAAGUCAAUUGGUUUGGAAUAGUGUCUUGAGAAAAAUUAGGUAACUACAGACUUAGGUUUUGAUAUUUUAGCACAAGUAAAAGGGAGGAAAGAGGUGUACUGACUUCCCCAUGUUGUCACGUGAAGAAGAGCCUCCAUUUGGCUUGAAAAAUGCACAUAUAUCUUUCUGCAGAUACCAUUUGUUCCAAGAUGCAAACAUUUUUUCGAGAGCAAAGUUUGAGGAAAAGUGAGCUUUGAGGAACAGAUCUAAAUUUCUAAGGACAAAUAUACAAGGAUAUUUUUAAACCAAAUGGAGGCUAUUGUAUUCAUUAUCCUUCAAAUAUUUUUGCAAGGUGUGGGGAAAAAUAAUUACAAGCAGCUUUAAUACUGUUUACAGCAUCAGAUGUUCACUUUUCAGCAUUCUCUAGUUACUGUAUGACUUAGUGAACAAAAAUGUCACUUCUUCUAACAACCACAUAAGGCUCUCAUCUUGAAUUAAAUUUUGAAUGAAGACUUAUGGGACAUAAGGUUUGGAAAUUGGGGAAUAUCACUCAAGGUUUUUCUUUGGAUAUUCCCCAGUUUUAGCUGAGGCAUAUGGGGUUACGUGAUGUGCACAAAUAUUUGAUGGAUUAUAAAUUGUGAUAACUGUUGCUGGGGUCACUUUGGAAAAAUAGAUCAAUCUGAUUAUAAGAAACAAGCCUUGAAUUUUGUCAAAAUUCUGUCAUUUCUUCUUGCUUUGUUUCUAAGCAGUAGGUUAGUUGGAUCAGUGUUUCAUGUAGUAUCAUUGGUUACUUUUGUUUAAGUUGGGACCAUGGUAACAGAGGUGGCUCUGUGAAAUGAGCAAAAGAUAGAGAGAAAAAAAUUCAUUUGUAUUUUCAUGUUAUUCAUGUUGUAGAGAAUAAAAUUAGAGAUUUUUUGACAUUGGAAUGGUGACUGUUUCAGAAGGCUGCCAGCCUGGGAGCUUGAUGGAGCCUUGUCAUGGUUAAAACAACUUGACAAGUUUUGCUCCUUUUUACAGAAUCAUUAUGAGCAGUCAAUGUUAGUCUCUCCCAGCCCACGACCAUUCUUUGAUCUUUAUGCCUAAUCCUUCCUUUCUGCCGUUUUUUAACCUUGUAAAUCUGUUGUUUGACAGUUUACUUCUAAAUCAAUGCAAUUUUCAACCCCCCCUCAAAAU